AUUUUUAUAUUAAUUUAUUUCUUAAAUAGGGAAUUUUCUAUUAUUACAUUUAAAAACACUGAGCCAAGUGCGCAAUCGAUGGAAUGCCUUGUAAUUUCCUUGCUGUGGUCCCGGCCCGGUCUCGGAGAAAGGUCAAUUGCAGUUUUACUGCAGAAUCUGGGUCCAUAUUUUUGCCAGAAAUAUUAUAUCAGGUCGAAGUGUAGUUUUGGAUAUGCUGAAAAUGUUGCUCUUUCGAGGCUUGGGGCCAAAAGCCCUGAAGCUCUGUGUCCGAGGUGCAGCCUCUGAAGCAUCCAACAAAAUUGAAGUUUUUGUCGAUGACAAGCCAGUUCUUGUGGACCCAGGCACUACAGUUCUUCAGGCUGCUGCAAUGGUUGGUGUAGAAAUUCCAAGAUUCUGUUACCAUGAGCGUUUGUCUGUGGCAGGCAACUGCAGAAUGUGUUUAGUAGAGGUUGAAAAAGUUCCAAAGCCUGUAGCAGCAUGUGCGAUGCCAGUGAUGAAGGGGUGGCGUAUUAAAACAGAUUCAGAAAUGACUCGCAAAGCAAGAGAAGGUGUAAUGGAAUUCCUGCUUGUUAAUCACCCACUAGAUUGCCCCAUCUGUGAUCAAGGAGGUGAAUGUGAUCUUCAAGAUCAAAGUAUGGCUUUCGGCUCUGAUCGAUCUCGAUUUGUAGAUAUAAACUUCUCUGGCAAGAGGGCUGUUGAAGAUAAAGAUAUUGGACCUCUAAUCAAAACCAUCAUGACCCGCUGCAUUCACUGUACACGAUGUAUCAGAUUUGCAUCAGAAGUUGCAGGAAUUGAUGAUUUGGGCACUACAGGGCGUGGUAAUGACAUGCAGGUGGGCACAUAUGUAGAGAAGUUCUUCUUGUCAGAGUUGUCAGGCAACGUAAUUGACCUUUGUCCUGUGGGAGCUCUCACUUCGAAACCUUAUUCCUUCACUGCUCGUCCUUGGGAGACAAGGAAGAUUGAAAGUGUUGAUGUGCUGGAUGCUGUGGGUAGCAACAUUGUUGUUACAACACGCACUGGAGAAGUAUUGAGGAUCCUUCCUCGCACUAAUGAUGAAGUUAAUGAAGAGUGGCUGUCAGAUAAGUCUCGGUUCGCAUAUGAUGGUUUGAAACGCCAGCGACUUGUAACUCCCAUGUUGAAAAAUCCUCAAGGAGACCUAGUUCCCGUGGAGUGGGAAGACGCUUUGGGGUGCGUUGCAAAAGCAGUGUGCAGUGUUCCUGGAGAUCAGAUUGCAGCAGUUGCUGGUGCUUUAGCUGAUGCUGAGGCGUUGGUAGCAUUGAAGGACUUGCUCAAUCGCUUGGGGUCGGAGGCCCUGUGCACAGAGCAGGGCUUCCCCAACGAAGGCGCAGGCACAGACCUGCGCUCCUCGUACCUUCUCAACAACCGCAUUGCAGGGCUGGAGGACGCAGACUAUGUCCUCCUGGUGGGCACCAACCCUCGCUUUGAGGCCCCCCUUGUGAAUGCUCGCCUCCGCAAGGCAUACUUGCACAAAGAGCAGGAGUUGGCUGUCAUCGGGCCCUGUGUAAACCUCACCUAUGACUACAAGCAUUUGGGCAGUGAUCCUCAGGUCCUGGAGCAACUUGCUGCAGGCAGCCAUGAGUUUUUCAAUACCCUCGCCAGUGCCAAGAAGCCCCUGAUCACUCCUGCCGACUGGAAAGUCCUCAAUGUUUUGCAGCAACAAGCCUCACAAGUAGCAGCCCUGGAUUUGGGAUACCGUGCAGGGCAUCACGGAGACGCAGGAGCUGCAAUGGCUGACUGCAUUCUGCCUGGUGCAGCUUACACAGAGAAGCAGGCAUCAUAUGUGAACACAGAAGGUCGUGCCCAACAAACCAUUACAGCUGUCACUCCCCCUGGACAAGCAAGAGAGGACUGGAAGAUUAUCCGGGCUUUAUCAGAGAUCGUUGGUCACAGAUUGCCAUAUGAUAACCUUAAUGAAAUUCGCCAUCGUUUGGAGGAAGUUGCUCCUAAUCUAACAAGUUAUGGACGAGUAGAAGAAGCAAAUUAUUUCAAUCAAGCACUACAACUUUCAAAACUGAUAGAUGCUCGAUUAACAAAUUCUCCAUUGGACGUUCAACUGAAGGAUCUUGAAGACUUUUUUAUGACUGAUAGCAUCAGCCGUGCAUCACCAACAAUGGCCAAAUGCAUUCAGGCGGCACAGAAGCAGAGACAAAACAAAUACUUUGUCGAGCAGUAAGAGAACCCACCUGUCUAUCCUUUUUCCAGUCACGCUUUUCUUACUAAUAGUAUUUAGAAAAUGGGGUACAGAAACCUUGUGCUACGGAAAGCAAACAAAACUGGAGACAGGAAUUGUGUGCAAGUGGUGAAACGUUCGGUGAGGACAGAAUUUAUUUAUGUGGUUUUGUAAAUAGACAAAAGAUGUAAAGAUCCGGAGAUGUUGACAAAUGUGUAAUUGAUUAUUUUUUUAUGUAUGAUACCAUUUGAUGCCCUACUGUAAUAGAGCCCAAGCUGUUGAUAAUCUAUUAUAUUCCCCCUCUAAUCUCUGGUCUAAUUCUUUCUGAAAGCACUCUUGACUGAUCUAAUCUGUAUAAAUUUAUGUAGAAUUUUAUUGAAUAUUUCUGACAAUUAUUGUAAUGUAAAAAUUGCAUGGCCACACGACUGUAUUUAAGUAUCCAUGUUACACAUUUGAUCCUCCUUAUUUGUUAUGUAUAUUAAAUAUUUUGCUGAUUGAAUCAGCAGAAAAUUACUGUGUUUUUCAUUUUAGUAUGACUUGUUUCUUCUGUGAAAGAACAAUUUAGCAUAUCGUUGAGGAUAUAACAUAAAUACUCUAAUAAAAAUAUUACAUAAACAUGUAAGCGUUCUUUUCUUUUGGUAACAAAGAUAUAUAGAUCUUUCAAUCAAUAGUGGAAGUUCAAACUAAGGCUAUUAUUUUUAUUUCCAGUACAACUGGGUAGGUAAUAUAGUAAGUAUAUUGUGUCAAAGAUAACAAAUUCCCCCUGCCACUCCCUGGACGAGUUUGCACUAUCCAGGAACUGCACAGCCAUGCACCUGUACUUGAUGGCCAGCUCAAGAUCCUAAUCCUGACGACUCUGUGUUCCAAGAAAAUUUGGAUCGUACAAGCUUGUUGAAGUCUUUUGGAGCAGGGAAUCUUAGGUGGAGAUAUGUUCAUUUAAUAUACUGCAUUUAUUCAAAUAUAAAACAAGGAUUCUUCAUAAUUUUUUUUAAUAGUGUUGUCUUAUAUUUACAGAUUAAGCCUAGUCUGUUAAGAGUUAUGUUUUUAAAUUGUCAUUCC